UUGUGCACCUCUCGAAACAAGGAUGAUGCUAGAUUUGGCUUGUGCAACAUUCUUUCUUUCCUUCGAUCACAUGUGCUCUUUGGAGAAUCUACCACCUUGGGACCAUCAAGAAUUUCCCAUGAUGGUGUGCAACCAUGGAAGACGAAUGAAUGGUCACCUCUCACCUGUUGCAAAGAUUUAGAUUGCUACAGAAAGGUACAAACUCAAUUCCAAGAAUACUUCUAGUUUUCUUUUAUUCAUUUGGACUUCUCACUUUGAUUUAUGCAUUUCAAAUAUACUACCCCUCUCUUCUUCUUCUUUUCCUCUUUUCUCCCAAAAAGUUUUCCCUAAAACCUACCUCCUAAGAUCCUCCCGCCAUCGUUCAGAUCAGGGGUGUGGGAGCUUUGGCUCCGCCUCCCCUCUUUUCCUUCAAUACUUUCCGAUGUUGUACACUAACUUUUGUCCGAUCUUUCCUUUUAUUUUCUAGAAAUAGCACAGAGAUGCUCGUUGGCAUAUCAAACCAUCUUUCGGAUACUAUUUUCUUAUCUUAUCGUUAAUCUAGCCAAAUUAAAUCAUGUGGUCAAUUUUUGUACAGCUCGUAUGAACAAAUCAAUGAAAAGACAUCGAGAAAAAAAGUUGUGGUACGCUAUUACUAAGGACCACACAUGUAUUAAUUUCGUGUCGGCAACUUCUUUGAAAAUAAUUUUUUAAUAUUUGUUUUAUUUUUAAGUUUGUAAAAUGAUAAUAAUAAUAAUAAUAAUUGCUAUUUAAUUUUUAUGAAAAUGAUUGGUGCGUUUGUUAAAUGCCUAGCUAAUAGACUGGAGGGCAUAUUUUUCCACAAGACUGGAGUUUAUUUUCCACAAGGCAUUCAUUAAACGUCUACCAACUGAAUUUCUAGCUACUUCUUGUGAAAAGGAACCGAAAGGAAGUUACCGAGGAACUCGUAUGCUUCUAACUUCCGAGUGGUUCUCUAUAUUAAGUAAUAAUCAAUCAUAGAUAAACCAAAAAAAAAAAAAUCUUUUCCGAUGGCCUUUCAAGGUGCCUCUUCCUUUUCCUCUUCCUCUUCCCUUUCUCCUUCUCCUCAUAGGUGGACAUAUGAUGUAUUCUUGAGCUUUAGAGGUGAAGAUACUCGUAAAAGUUUCACUGCCCAUCUACAUGAUGCGUUGUGUCGAAAAAAUAUAAAUACAUACAUAGAUGACAAGCUUCCAAGAGGGGAGAAAAUCUCACCAGCACUUCUCAAAGCUAUUGAAAACUCAAGAAUUUCAAUUGUCAUACUCUCAAAAAACUAUGCAUCAUCCCCAUGGUGCUUGGAUGAAUUGAAGAAGAUCAUUGACUGUAAAAUAUCAAAGCAGCAAAAGAUUCUACCAGUGUUUUAUGAUGUAAGCCCAACCGAGGUAAGAUAUCAGAGAACAAAUUUUGGAAAAGCAUUGGCUAAACUUAAAGGUAGGUUUGAGAAUGAGACUGAGGUCCAGAAGUGGAAAGAAGCCCUUAAAAAAGUGGCUGAUUUGGCUGGGUUCACUUUAGGAGACAAGACCGAACCAGAAUUUAUUCAAGAAAUUGUUCGAGAGGUUUCUAAAGUAGUAAAGCCUAAAUAUUUAAAUGACGUUGCCAAGCAUCCAGUCGGAAUGGAGUCUAGAGUACAUGACAUCCAUGAUAUACUUCUACGUGUGGGAGUGAAUGACAUACGCAUACUAGGGAUAUAUGGGAUUGGUGGAGUUGGUAAGACAAAUUUGGCUAAAGAAAUCUAUAACUCAUUUACGGACCAAUUUGAAUGUUGCUGCUUUCUUGCAAACGUGAGAGAAACUUCAAAGAAAGAGUAUGGUUUAAUUCAAUUGCAAGAGACACUUCUUUGCGAGAUCCUCGGUGACUUUAGUUUGAAGGUUAGAAAUGACAAUGAAGGAAUGGGUCUCAUAAAAAGAAUGCUUUGGAGUAAAAGGGUUCUUUUAGUUCUUGACGAUUUAGAUCAAUCGGUCAAAGUUGAUGAAAAGUUACUUGGAGGAUGUGGUUGGUUUGGUUUAGGAAGUAUAAUAAUUAUAACAACAAGAGAUGAACAUUUAUUAGCAAGUUAUAAUGUUCAUUUAAGAUAUAAGGUGAAGGAAUUAAAUCACGACGAAGCUCUUCGGCUAUUCUGUUGGAAUGCUUUCCAAAAUGAAAAUCCUAACCAUGAUUUUGUAGAACUCACAGAAGAUGUAUUGCGCUAUGCUGGGGGCCUUCCACGGGCUUUAAUAGUACUAGGCUCAUCUCUACAUGAUAAAGACAUUCAUUAUUGGAAAAGUGCUUUAGAAAAGUACAAAAAGAUUCCGGAGAAAAGUAUUCAAGAAAUUCUUAGAAUAAGUUAUGAUGACUUGGAUGAAUGCGAGAAGAAUAUUUUCCUGGACAUUGCAUGUUUCUUUAUAGGAGAGCAAGAGGAAUAUGUCACUAAAGUACUUGAUGGUUGUGGUUUCUUUCCUAACUGUGGUAUCCAAAGAUUAAUUGGUAAGUCUCUCUUAACCAUCGAUGGGUUUCGCAGAUUAGGCAUGCAUGACUUACUCAAAAAUAUGGGUAGAGAAAUUGUUCGUCAAGAAUCACCUGAAGAACCCGAGAAACGCAGUAGGUUGUGGUUUCAUGAAGACGUUCGUUCUGUAUUAGGACAAGCUAAGGGAAUAAACAAGAUUCAAGGCAUAUUGAUAGAGUUGCCAAAACAAGACUUGAUUAAUCUGAGUUCCAAAGCUUUUUCAAAGAUGAAAAGGCUAAGGAUAUUUAUCAAUCGUAAUGCGCAUUUUUCAAGAGGACCUAAUUAUCUCUCAAACGAGUUAAGGGUACUUGAUUGGAGUGGUUAUCCUAGCCAUUCUCUCCCGCAAAACUUUAAAGGAAAGAAACUCAAAGUUUUAAGAAUGGAUGAAAGCUUGAUCAAAGAAUUGGGAGACGGAUUGAAGAAUUUCCAUAACUUGGAAACUUUGAAAUUCUCUAAAUGUCAAUUCCUAACAAAGAUUCAUGAUGUGUCAGGGCUCCAGUCUUUAAAGAAAUUGGACAUUGAGUACUGCAAUGACUUAGUUGAGAUACAUCAAUCUAUUGGCUACCUUGAUAAACUCAUCAAAUUGUCAAUUAAAAAUUGCCUGAGCCUUACUAGUUUUCCAAGAUCCCUCAAGUUGAGAUCUCUACAAACCCUUUUUCUUUGUCAUUGCAAAAGGUUGCAGAAGUUUCCCGAAAUUGAGAGUGAAAUGAAAUGUUUAGCAUAUGUUGAUUUACAAGGCACUGCUAUAGAAGAACUUCCUUCAUCUAUUGGGAACCUCACUGGACUUGAGUAUUUAAAACUAAGCGAAUGCCACAAAUUAAGGCAUAUCCCUACCAGCAUUCUUGAGUUGCAACGUCUAUAUUAUCUCUAUCUCGAUGUUAGUUCAAAUAAAAGACAAUAUCCCUUACCCACUAUUGCAGAAUUGCUCUCGUCUCCACCUCCAAUGAAGUCAAGCAUUUCAAAUGAUGGGCACUAUUCCUCAAAAGUAUUUCCAAAAUUGGAAGAUUUGGUUCUUGGCAAACGGCCUCUAUCAGAACUAGAUUACGUUCUAUUAACAGCCUGCUAUUCCACAUUGAAAACAUUAGAUCUAUCGGGGAGCAACUUCAUUAUUCUUCCUAAGCAGAUCAAAAGAUUUGUUGGAUUAUGCACUCUUUUGUUGAGGAAUUGCAAGGAACUUGAAGCAAUCUUAGAACUUCCUCCAAAUAUAGAAGAGGUAGACGUUAGUGGAUGCAUGUCAUUGGAGAGUUUUCCUGAAGUAUCAAAUAAGUUUGAAUUCAAUAGAAGCAGCUUUCGUGAGCUAUGUUCGAUUAACUUGAGUGGAUGCCACAAAAUGCUUGUAAAUCCUCUACUAUUUGAGGAAAAUGUAGAGGACCAGGAUGCAGAUUACGAACUUUUAUUUCCAGGAAAUAAGAUUCCAGAUUAGAACUAUCAUUGCAAGUUGAAGAUUCCAAAUAGUUAUGUAUCACAUGGGGUAAAUGUUGAUUUGCUCUACUCGGAUGACAUUAAAGGAAUCAUUGCAUGUGCUGUUGUUGGGCCCGAUCCCUUCCAAGGGAAAUUCAUGGAUGGAGUUUCUAUCUCGAUCUACUAUAAUGGUGUAUAUCAAUAUUCUACGUAUACAUUAUCAUUUAUUUCAUCAGGCUCAAAUCAUGUAUUGUUGCAUUACCACAAACUAGAUGGAGAGUGUUUCAAAUCAAUGGAGGGAAGUCUGCAACUUAAGUAUGGUGGUAAAAUGCUAAUUAAAAGUUUUGGAGUCCGUGUGGUACGCAAGCAAAAGGAGAUUAAUACAUUGCAAGUUGGAAGUUGGAGUCCUUGUGUUAACGUCCAACCUUCUGAUUUAGAGAUUGACAACCACAAUGACAAUACAAACGAAGAUUUGGAUUCAGAGCUUCGAGUCGAGUGUGAAGGCUCGAUCUUUGAUACUCUAUGCUAUUUUGCUAGAUUUGUAUCAACCAAGCUGCAGAUGGGGAGAUGCAUGGGCCUCAGAUCAAGAUGAAUCAUCGCAUGCAAUGACUAAACCAAAAAUCAUUAAGGUACAAUCACUCUUCAUGAGUUACUACUCCAUUACCUCAUGUUCUACCUUCUGAUUAUCCAUUAUUCUUGACCUAUUCUACAAUGAAUUAAAUUAAGAUGAACCUAGGAAUCGGAGUUCCACUUGGUCUCCCAUGUCACCCUCUUAUUUCAUUGUAGGUAUUCGUAUACUUGGUGGUGUAAAACACGUCCUUAACAGAGUGCAUUGUGAUGUCCUUGACAGACCUCAUUUUAUUUGUACACAAAUAGAGCAGGAAGGAAUAAUUAUACCAAGAACUUGAAGUCUUCAUUUUCUUUCUUAAUGUUUUAAAUUUUUAAUUAUUUUGUUAUGUAGAGUAGAGUUUGAUGGUUACUGUGAUGCUUACUGGCUAUCGGUUGGGUGAACUGGCAUGCUAGCUUGCUCAUCUAUUAGAUCGAUAAUCACUCAUGUUUCAAUAAGGCCGUCAAUAUUGAUGGCAAACUUUUGUCUUUCUUGGCUAUAAUACGUAGUUGCCAAGAAGAGUAUCACGUGUGUUUUAUUAUUUAUCUCAAUGAAAGUACCUCAUGGAAGUUGUUGACCAAGAAAAUGCCUAUUCUUUCUUUGAAGUUGCCAAAAGCUAGCUAAGGAUCAUUUGUGUUAUUUAUUAUUUAUCUCCAUCAAAUGUUCCGAUGCCAAGAAACCCCUCAUAUAUCAACUUUUACGUGAAAUAUUAAAUGAUGCAACGUGGCUUCUAACUCAAUUUAAGUAGAGUUGUUUUGCAGGUUAAUUAGUAAUCAAUCGUCAUAGAUAAAUAGUGACUUCUCUAAUGGUCGUUCAAGGUGCUUCUUCCACUUCCCUUUCUUCCUUUACUCUUUGGUGAACUUAUGAUGUAUUCUUGAGUUUUAUGGGUGAAGAUACUCAUCAAAAUUUCACUGCCCAACUCCAUCAAGCUUUGGAUCGAAAGAAAAUAAACACAUACAUAGAUUACAAGCUUCCAAAAGGGGAGGAAAUCUCGGAAGAACUUCUCAAAGCUAUUGAAAGCUCAAGGAUCUCAAUAGUUAUUCUCUCAAAAACUAUGCAAUAUCAUCCACAAGGUGUUUGGAUGAGUUGAUGAAAAUCUUAGAGUGUAAAAAAAUGAAGUAACAAAAGGUUUUACCAGUGUUUUACGAUAUAAAUCCAACAGAGGUAUGACAUCAGAGAGAGUUUCGUAAAAGCAUUGGCUAAACUUAAAGAUAGGUUCAAGGACGAGUCGAAGGUGCAAGAGUGGAAAGUAGCCCUAAUAGAAGUGGCCAGUUUGUCUGGAUUCACUUUAGGAGAUAGGUAUACUACUUCUACUCGUAUGCCUUCAUUUAAAAACAAAAAUGUGAUCUUAGUGCAUAUUUAUAAUACAAUUUUAUGUAUGUGUGUAUAUCAAAAUUUAGGAACUCAUCAUUAAAUUAGAAGACUCCUACUUCUUAAUGAGCCAAACCGAAUUCGAGAAUGGAAGCAAAAAAAGUUCAUUAAAUAGAUCAUUGCCAUUUGCUACCACAUAAAAAGUUGUGUACUAGUUCAUUUUCUUUUGUUUAUUUAUUGUGAAAAUUCUAUCUUAUUAUUCUUUUAUUUUUUAUUUUUUAUCUUUUUGCAUUGUUAGGACCAACAAGAAUUUAUUCAAGAAAUUGUUCGAGAGGUUUCAAGAUUAGUAAAGUGUAAAUAUUUAAAUGAUGUUGUCAAGCAUCCAGUUGGAACGGAGUCUAGAGUGCAAGAUGUCUAUAAUAAGCUUCUAAGUGUGGGAGUGAAUGAUACAUGCAUACUAGGGAUCUAUGGAAUUGGUGGAGUUAGUAAGAUAAGUCUGGCAAAAGAAAUCUACAACACAUUUACUGACCAGUUUGAAGAUUGUUGCUUUCUUGCAAAUGAGAGAGAAACUUCAAAGCGUGAGUAUGGUUUAAUUCAAUUGCAAGAGAAACUUCUUUACGAGAUCCUAGGAGACUCAAGUUUAAAGGUUGGAAAGGUUGAUGAUGGAAUUGGUCUCAUAAAAGAGAUGCUUUGGAGUAAAAGUGUUCUUUUAGUUCUUGAUGAUUUGGAUCAGUUGGUCAAAGUUGAAACCCUACUUGGAGGAUGUGAUUGGUUUGGUUUAGGAAGUACAAUCAUUAUAACAACUAGAGAUGAAUAUGUAUUAACUAGUAAUAAUGUUCAUUUAUAAUAUAAAGUGAAGGAAUUGGAUCAUGAUGAAGCUCUUCAGCUUUUUUGUUGGAAUGCCUUCAACAAUGAAAAUCUUAACCUUAAUUUUGUAGAACUCACAGAAGAUAUACUGCAUUACGUUGGGGGCCUUCCAUUGGCCUUAAUGGUGCUAGGCUCGAAUCUAUAUGGUAGGGACAUUCAUUAUUGGAGAAGUGCUUUAGAAAAGUACAAAAGAAUUCCUCACAACGAUAUUCAUGAAAAGCAUAGAAUAAGUUAUGAUGGCUUGGAAGAAAGCGAGAAGAGUAUUUUCUUGGAUAUUGCAUGUUUCUUUACAGGCGAGGAAGAAGAAUUUGUUAUUAAAGUACAAGAUAGUUGUGGUUUCUUUCCUAAAUGUGGUAUCAAAGAACUAGUGGAUAAGCCUCUCAUUACCAUUGAGUCUGGCAGAUUAAUCAUGCAUGACUUACUCAAAGAUAUGGGUAGAGAAACUGUUCAUCAAGAAUCACCCAAAGAACCCAAGAAACGUAGUAGGUUGUGGUUUCAUAAUAACGUUCGUCAUGUAUUUGAAGAAACUAAGGUAAGAGUUGAAUAAAAAUAAAAAUAAAAUAAAAAAACAUCUCAUUUUUUGAAUGUAAAAGUGGAUUGAGAUUACAUAUACAUGCACCCAUUUAUCUGUAUGAGUACAUCUAGCACGUAUUCAUCUCAUAAUGGAUAUUUUGUUUAUGAGUAGAAUGCCUUAAAUUAGGAGGAAAAAAGACAAUUUCUUUUUUAGUAUCAUGCUUUUUUCCUAUAUUGAAAGAUAAAAUUGAUAGGUAAAUAUGAAAGCAAACAUGGACAUUUUGCGUUCGAUCACUUAGUUUGGGACAUUCUAAAAAUAAAAAUCAAACGUUAAGUUUAAAAAAGAAAAUAAAAAGAAAGUAAAUGCACAAUGUAUAUGAACAAAAUUACGAUUCUAGCAAGUGGUAAAAUAUGAAGAAUGUUAUGCUCAGAUUUUGUUUGCAUUGUCUUACUAGGGAACAAACAAGAUUCAAGGCAUAUUGAUAAUGUUUCCAAAACAAGACUUUUUAGAUUUGAAUCCUGGGACUUUCUCGACGAUGAGAAGGCUCAGGAUAUUUAUAAAUCGUAAUGAACACUAUUCAAGAAGGCCUAAUUAUCUCUCAAAUGAGCUAAGAGUACUUGAUUGGCAUGGCUAUCCUAGUUGUUCUUUCCUGCAAAACUUUCAUGGAAAGAAACUCGUCGUUUUAAAAAUGGAUGAUUACUUCAUCAAAGAAUUGGAAGACAGAUUGAAGGUGCCAUUAUUUUUUUCUUUAAACUAUAUAUAUGUGUGUGUGUGUGUGUGUGUGUGUGUGUGUGUGUGUGCUGUAAGUUUUCUACGAGCUAACAUAUUUUUUCUUAUUUUGUUUUCUUCUAUACAGAAGUGCCAGAAUUUGAAAAUUUUGGAAUUAUUUAAAUGUGAAUUCCUAACAAAGAUUCCUGUUGUAUCGGGGCUCCGGACUUUAAAGAGAUUGGACAUUGACAGUUGUUGUUACUUAAUUGAGGUACAUCAAUCUAUUGGCUUC